GCCGGCGGCCGGCGGACGGCGGCGAAAUGGCGUCGAUGCAGAGCUGGCGCAAGGCCUACGGCGCCAUCAAGGACACCACCACCGUCAGCCUCGCCAACAUCAACUCCGACUUCAAGGAUCUGGAUGUGGCGAUCGUGAAGGCGACUAACCACGUGGAGUGCCCGCCCAAGGAGCGCCACCUCCGAAAGAUUGCUGCGGCGACGUCCAUCGCCAGGCCCCGGGCGGACAUCGCCUACUGCAUCCACGCGCUCUCUCGCCGUCUCUCCAAGACCCGCAAUUGGAUUGUAGCACUGAAGGCGCUUGUAGUGGUUCAUAGACUUCUACGAGAGGGGGAUCCUACAUUCCGGGAAGAGCUUCUUAACUUCUCACAAAGGGGGCGGAUUCUGCAGCUCUCAAACUUCAAGGAUGACUCCAGCCCAGUUGCUUGGGACUGUUCUGCAUGGGUUCGCACAUAUGGUCAGUUCUUGGAGGAAAGAUUGGAAUGCUUCAGGAUCCUAAAAUAUGAUGUAGAGGCUGAGCGUUUAUCCAAACAAGGUCAAGGUCCUGAAAAGGGGCACAGUAGAACUCGUGAACUAGAGUCCCAAGAUCUAUUAGAGCAGUUGCCAGCUUUGCAGCAGUUACUAUAUCGACUUGUUGGAUGCCGGCCUGAAGGAGCCGCAAAUAACAACUAUUUGGUGCAGUAUGCUCUAGCUUUGGUGCUAAAAGAGAGUUUCAAAAUUUAUUGCGCGAUAAAUGAUGGAAUUAUUAACCUUGUCGAUAAGUUUUUUGAGAUGGCAAGACAUGAAGCACUUAAGGCCCUCGAAAUUUACAGAAGGGCUGGCCAGCAGGCAGGGAGUCUAUCAGACUUCUAUGAAAAUUGCAGGGGUCUAGAACUCGCGAGGAACUUUCAGUUUCCCACUCUGAGGGAGCCACCGCAAACAUUUCUUGUGACCAUGGAGGAGUACGUGAGGGACGCUCCGCGGAUGGUUCCAGUUCGAGAUCCACUGGAAUUUCCUGAGAGGCUUCUUCUUACAUAUAAACCCGAAGAAUCAGAGGAAGUUUCUGUACCAGAUCCUGUUGAAGAGGAAAGACCACCAGUUGAAGAACCUGUUCCAGAACAGCCUGUUGCAGAAGUUGUUUCACCUCCUUCCAAGACUGUUGUGGCCGAUACUGGUGAUUUACUGGGCUUAAAUGAUCCAAGCCCUGGUGUAUCAGCAAUAGAGGAGAGCAAUGCUCUUGCAUUAGCCAUUGUUUCAUCAGAUGCGAGUACUUCAACAACUAGCACCACUGGAUGGCAAGACAAAGGAUUUGAUCCAACAGGAUGGGAACUUGCCCUGGUUACUGCUCCAAGUAACACAAAUUCGUCUGCUGCAGAUAGUCAAUUGGGUGGUGGACUAGACAAGCUUAUCUUGGAUAGCCUUUAUGACGAGGGGGCAUAUAGGCAGACACAACAACAGCAGUUGUAUGGUUCAUCAGCUCCCAACCCAUUCAUGACAAAUGAUCCUUUCGCAAUGUCGAAUCAUGUCGCUGCCCCGCCUUCAGUUCAAAUGGCUGCCAUGUCUCAACAGCAGCAGAUGCCGCCGAUGAUCCAUCAGAACCCCUUCGGACCAGCAGUUCAGCCGCAGCAUCCGGGCGCUGCCCCUGCGUUUAACCCUUUCCUGGAUAAUGGUUUCGGGGCAUUCCCGGCGGCCAACAACUCACAACAGCAAGCCAACCCAUUUGGUGGCAGCCUUCUAUAGGCUGCAUAGAGCAGGAGCUAAUAGUAUCCUGAGGAAAUGUGAUUUUUCGUGUGACUGUAAUAUGCAUUGCGCCUGGCCAUUCCUGUAUGCCACUCGUGUAAUGAUAUGUGUAUUGGCUCAUCACCACACGGGACUGCCUAGUGACCCUUGUUGUAAAGAAAGUAGUGACUUGUGUAACAUCAGCUAUAUGUCAAUAAAUAGUAGGACGUGGUUAUGUAUAACAAAGUGGGAAUGCAAUGGAUGGUUGAACAGUUUGCGUUCUGUUCAGUUGCUAA